AUGACCCGCGCUCUCUCGCUGCUGUUAGCCGGCGUCGCUGCGCUGUGUGUCAGCACACACGGCGCAGCCGCCGCAUCGUCCAAAGAGUUCUACACACUGCCUGUGAACAACACGGGCGCUACGCCUGUGUACACCGCCGCCAAGGCCUUCCCUACAUCGGACUUUGCCAGCAUGUACUUUAUGCCGACAGGGCAGGAAGCCGAGCCGCGUCCUGUCAUCACAGAUGUACACGGAAAGUCUUUCCCUGAUGCGCUCAACGACCCGGCGCACAUGACGACGACAGCGCCAUCAGCCACUGGCGUCUUGCCUCUCCCGUCGCCGAGCGCGCACGCGUCGAACCAGCUCCCGGACCAGAUUCACGAGCAGGUCGCGCAGACGCUCCGCAACUCGAGUAUGUCCAAGUGCGACCGCUGCAAGCAGUCGCUGCGCCUCGGCCAGCAACUCGCGCAGGCGAUGCCCGACGCUGUGCCGUCGCAACUUAUCUCCCUGUGCAAGGAGUUCCAGUACGAGCGCUAUGGCCAUAGCCCCGACACGAACCGUACGUGUGAGCUGUCGUACACGCGCGGCGGUGAGGGCGGUGCGUUCACGCAGCUGCUGUCGUACGCUGACUUGUCUGACGACAGCACAGACGCCGACUAUAUCUGCUCGCAGCUGUUCUACGGCUUCUGCCCCGUGCCGGCGCCACGCACGCUGUCGGACGAUUUCCUCGAUACGUGGUUCCAGGGCCAGCGUGAGGCGUCGCAGGACGUCGCGACGCGCUCCAAGAAGGUCGGCACACCGUCGAACGAUACGCUCAAAGUCCUGUGGACGUCCGAUAUUCAUCUGGACGGCCGCUACGCGGUCGGCGCUGAGGCUGAAUGCACGUACGGCUACUGCUGCCACAGUAAUUCGUUCAACAGCUCGGUGUUUGCGCAUCACGGGUACCUCACGAACGGCACGACUGUGCCGCCUGCGAACAUCUCGACUGCCGCGCCGUACUGGGGCUACGAAGGCUGCGAUGCUCCCUGGUCGCUGGUUGCCUCGGCGUUUGAAACAAUGAAGCAGCUCGGCGGUGAGCAAGGCUACGAUCUCGCGCUGUACACGGGCGAUCUGGUGAACCAUGGCGAGACGUGGGACGAAUCCGAAGACUUGGUCAAGUACGCGGAGUCGGCGCUGUACGACAUGAUGCGCCGCUACCUCGGCAACACCACAGUGAUCACUGCGAUCGGCAAUCACGACUCGUACCCAACCGAGCUCGCUGCACCGCACUCAUUGCCGGACAACCGCUCAGCGCAAUUCAGCUGGGACUGGGACUACGUCUCGGCGCUGUGGGCCAAGGAAGGCUGGCUCUCGGACCAGGAGGCUAACAUGGUCCGUACGCACUAUGGCGGCUACUCGAUCCGCCCUCGUCAGGGCCUGCGCCUGAUCUCGUUCAACGCAGACUUUUGGUACACAGGCAACAUGUUCAACUUUAUCAACACGUCCCACCCGGACGUCAGCGGCGUCCUUCGUUUCGUGACAGACGAGCUGCAGGCCGCUGAAGAGGCGAACGAACGUGCGUGGGUCAUGGCGCACGUCCUCCCUGGCUGGGACGGCUACAGCACGAUGGACUUGCCUACGAACCUGUUCUACCAGAUCGUCACGCGGUACCAGCACACGAUCGCGCACAUGUUCUUCGGACAUUCGCACGAAGAUACGUUCAGUGUGUAUUUCCACUCGACGAAUGGCAAUGUCACCAGCGUAGCGCGCAACACGAGCAACGCUGUUGGCAUUUCGUCGUUCUCGCCGUCCGUCACGCCCCUGACCAACAUGAACCCAGGCAUCCGCGUCGUCGAAAUCGACCCGGAGACGUACGAGAUGAUGGACUACCACCAGUACUACACGCCCUUGCAGGACGUGCAGAACGCGACCGAGACGGACCACGGCCUCGUGUGGUACAAGCUGUAUAGCGCUCGCGCGACGUACAGCAACUUUAGCGCGGCGCAGGCCGCCGGCACGUAUGCGGCCCCUGUCGCCUUGGACGACGGCCAUUGGCCCGCCUCCGCGCCCCUCAACGCGUCGUUCUGGGCGUCGGUCGCGGAUGAAGUGGAGGUCCGCCCGGCGCUCGCGACACUGUUUAACCACUUCCAGGGCCGAAACAGUCCAAUGUCGCCGCCCUGCGAGGGACAGGCAUGCGCUACGGCGAAAGCCUGCUUCAUGCGCGCAGGCUCGUACGCGCUAGGCAAGGCGUGUGGCAGUAAGUACUCCACCGUGCAGUAA